AGGAGCGCGUCAGGCUCGGGGCCUCUUUGUCUUUCACAUCAGUGUCUAGUCUCAGAAGCACUCAAUCUUUCUGCUCACAUCUGUUAAUCAUGGAAGUUCCGAAGGAUCAAAUCGCUACCCUUCUCGAGAAUGGCCUCUGCGGCUCUGCUCAAAUGCUCGGUUGUUUUCUUGUUUCGUCACCCACUGUUAAUGCUGAAACCAACCUACACCUCAAAGCCGAGAGCCAGGCGCUUCUAGGUGAUUCAUUGUUCCGCGAAAGGGAGUUUCGCAGAGCCAUUCACAACUACAAGCAAGCUUUGCAAUACUACAAGAUGAUUCCUAAACAAAACCCUCCGUCAUCUCGGAGUUCACUGUCCUCAAACAGGUCGUCUUCUCCAAAUUCUUAUGGUGUAUCAGCAAUCAAUGAAAAUGAGGUGAAGUUCAAAAUUGCAUCAUGUCACUAUUCCCUGAAUGAAAAUAAGGCAGCUCUUGUCGAGAUGGAAGGAAUUCCAAGCAAAGCCAGAAAUUUGCAGAUGAAUUUAUUAUUGGCGAAGCUUUAUCGAAAUUCUAGACAUAAUCGAGCUGCUCUUGCAAUUUACAAAGAAUGUCUAAGACUUUGUCCUUUCAUAAUUGAGGCUAUCACAGCUUUAGCAGAAAUGGGAUCUACUGCAAAGGAUAUUAUUUCAUUGUUUCCUCAGAAUCCAAAUAGAAGUGGGAGAGCUCAAUAUGAUAAUCUUGAAUCAUGCCGUUGGCUUCAGCGCUAUGUUGAGGCUCAGUGUUGCAUGGCUUCAAAUGACUACAAAGGUGGCUUGGAACUAUUUGAGGAUCUUUUGCAACGUUUCCCUAACAAUAUACACUUGCUACUUGAGAUUGCGAAGGUCGAAGCUAUCAUUGGGAAGAAUGAAGAGGCCAUCAUGAAUUUUGAGAAGGCUCGGUCAAUUGAUCCAUACAUUAUAACAUACAUGGAUGAGUAUGCAAUUCUUUUAAAGUUGAAAUCUGAUCAUUCAAAGCUGAACAAGUUAGUGCAUGAUUUGUUAAAUAUUGAUCCUGCAAGACCAGAGGUUUUUGUAGCUCUAUCUGUUCUGUGGGAAAGGAAAGAUGAGAGAAGAGCACUAUCUUAUGCCGAGCAGAGCAUUCGAAUCAAUGAAAGGCACAUACCAGGAUAUAUAAUGAAGGGAAAUUUAUUAUUGAAUAUGAAACGGCCAGAAGCAGCUGUGGUUGCCUUUAGGGGUGCUCAAGAAUUGAGACCUGACAUUCGCUCAUAUCAAGGUUUGGUUCAUACUUAUUUGGCUCUCUCUAAAAUUAAAGAGGCUUUGUAUGCUUCAAGAGAAGCAAUGAAAGCAAUGCCUCAAUCUGCAAAGGCUUUAAAACUCGUUGGUGAUGUACAUGCAAGUAAUUCUAGUGGCAGAGAAAAGGCAAAAAAGUUCUAUGAGUCGGCAUUAAGGCUGGAACCAGGUUACCUGGGAGCUGCCCUAGCUUUAGCUGAGCUCCAUGUUAUUGAAGGCCGGAAUGGAGAUGCUGUGUCUCUACUUGAGCGAUAUCUGAAAGACUGGGCUGAUGACUCCCUUCAUGUAAAACUAGCUCAAGUUUUUGCUGCUACUAAUAUGCUGCAGGACGCUUUGUUACAUUAUCAGGCUGCAUUAAGGUUAAAUCCACAGAACGAGGCAGCAAAACGCGGGUUAGAGCGUUUAGAGAAGCAGAUGAAGGGAGUGGAUCCAGAUGCACCUGAAGAAGAUGAUGACAAUGAUGUUGAAGAUGCUGAUGGAGACCAAGAAGAAACUGAACUCUUGUGAUAUUAUUAGUGGCAAAAUUUCUGAUAAUAUGAAGUGCUUCUGCUGGUAGUUUAUUGUGACUGGCAUUAGCAGUAGGGUGAAAAUUACCAUGGUGGCCAAGAAGCUCUGUUUGUCUUUGGGCAGCAAGAGUUCACAUCAGGAAGCUAUAAUUUGCAAUCACUGCCAACUGGGGCACAUAAUGAUAAUGUACGUUAUGAAUUUGGAAUGAGGGACGUAGCGGAUGAAAUUCCUCGUCGAGACUGGACAGUAGGAACCGGACCUGGGAGGAGAAUCAAGUUCCAACUGAGCGGGCCAUAUAUGACUCCUAGCUGGUAGCUUUUGCGAUCUCCAUUGUACAUUUUCUUUGUUCACGCUUUUAUGCUUGUAAUAGCUAUGCUUUGGUUAGAAAUUUCUUGACAGCCACCUUCACUUCCUGUAUCAGUAUACUUCACUUGCAAAACAUUUGUCCUUGCUUAUGCUUCAGGCUAGGCCUAAUGCUUAUGUCAAGGAGGGGGGAAGUCCUUGCUCAUCUGUCUAAUGGCUGUGCACUUUCAUAGAUCUUGCUUUGAUUGAUGUUGAAAGUUACUUUAUUUUAAUAAUAUAUAUUUAAUCUAAUUUAAUUA